CUACGAGCUGGCAGGAUUGGAGUUUGUCCCAUCAAUGGAUGAAUAUUACAGCUCAAGAUCGGGCCCACAGUUUUACUCAUUAAAUGGAGAUCAAGUUAUUUACAGGAAUAAACUAAUUCAGGAAUUGGAGGAUGGGGCAGCGGUGGACAAACACUACCAAAAUCAAAAGGUCUACCCUGUACAAACAGUGUUUGAUUGCAGUCUUACAUUAAAUGAUGAAAUAACUGAACUGCUGAUGAGUGCAGAUUCAAUGCAGAAGCUUGUAAGCGAUAGUGAAAGGGUAAGUCAGGGGAAUUUGGAUGAUGAGAGGGAGUGGUUAGAACAGAUUGAAGAGGCUGCUAGGCGGAUUGCUGUACCUCUCUGGCAGCACUGGGAUAAAGGAAGGAGGAUGUUGAUGCCUCUGGUUCCCUGUAACACAAGUGGAUAUUCAACAAGUGAAAACACAGUGACACACAGCGAAGCACAAUGCUCCAUUCUGGAUAUGGAAGAGGAAACAGAGCUUGCAGCCGCUUGCAGGACACUCGAUGCGUGUGCCGGGAACUUUAAUUCAAGCUUCACGCUGGAUGCUGAGAAAGCUGCUGACACACCUGAAGAGUUUUAUUUCCCCACAUAUGAUGAUGUGCCAACACCUAGAAUCAACAUGGAUCACUUCCAAACAUUUGGAGAAGGAAGAAAUGCUUCACCUGUUGAGGUCGGUGCGGCAGCAGGCUCAAACAACAACACCACGGACAAUAUGGAUGACUUCCUGGAUGCUUGGUGGCCAGGUGAGAGGACAGUAGAAACAACAGAUGACCUCCUUCGUCUGACUGCAGAUGCACAAUGUAGUGCAGGUUCUGGGCUCCCACAAUUUAUCUUUCCACAUUUGAGUUCCUCAUUUACACCAAAAGACCCUCCAGUUACAGGACAAGACAGUUCGUUUUGUUCCAGCGCAGAUUCUAACAUGACUGCAGGGCUUACAGAAAAUAUUUACAAGACUGGAUAUGGAACUGCAGCAUGCAGCACAAACAGAGUAACAGACCUCCGUGAGGAUAUAGAUUCACACUGUGAUGCCAAAAUGCUGGAAGUGGAUCAGGAUUCCACCUUACCCCGUUUGUACUUAGAAGACCUACUGGGUCUAGAGGUUUUGCCAGAAGACAUAAAUGAUGAAAUGCUGGAUCCCGAUGCCCUCUUGGCCUGGUUAGGUCGUGAGGAUGAACCCAACGACAGCAUUCCUUUUCCAUGGACUUCAGAUGACCUUCCCAUGGCAACUGAGGUACCCAGCCCCAACGAGCAUGAGCGGAUACAGGAAGCCCAAGCAAUAAGCGAAACACCAAGGAGGAGAAAAAGACAGAGAGUUUCCCAACGUGAUGAGAACUCCAGAGCAAAAAGGUCAAAAGCACCAGGUCAACCGAAACCCAAAAAGGCACAGGCUGAGCCAGAUGUUGAUCAAGAAACUGAUCCCACAUCAGGGCCGAGUCCAGCAGAGACAUUACCAGCACUCACCACCACUUCACCAAGAAUCCUGUACGUCUACCCGUCCCAAGCAGGCUCUGCAAUUCCCAUUCAGCUGAUCGCUAUCCCUGACACUGCAGAAUAUCGCGUCCAGCUGUCUCCUCCUCCUGUCAUUAGGUUUCCACUCCCCAACAGCGCUGCUACACCUACAUAUAUAUUAGUUCCUACUGUGUCACCACCCUCCAAAUGCCAGCUGCCACCACUAUCCCCGGUUGAUGGCGCGGUAGCUCCAGUCCAAAUGAGUUCGUCCCCACUGGGCUCCCUGUCGGACAGAGCUAGCAAAGCCAUGUCUCCCCCUUGUACCUCACCCGUCUCCCCAAGCAAUGAAAUUUCCCCAUGUAAGGAAUCUCCUCUUCCGCAGUCUCCCAAGGUCCUUGAUAUUCCACAGGUUGUUAAGGACCACAUUCAGGAAGCCAAAACCCACAUGAGUCAAACUUGCCAGGAUAUAGAAGCGGGCCUCAGUCUGUCUUCUCAUUAUGUGGAUGUUCAUGUGAGUCAGAGAGAGGUACUUCGCUUGGGAAAAAACACCAACAAAUGCCUGGACAAAGAACUAGUCAUCAAGGGAGAUACAGAUCGGCAAAACACCAUGCUGUCACUAAGUCAGAUCUUUGAUGGUGCAAAUGGAGACAAAUCCAGACAGUACAUUUUGCUCUUUGGCAAUGCUGGGAUGGGAAAAACAACUCUGAUUAAGAAACUGUGUCUUGAUUGGUCCAGAGACUGCAUCCCUCAGUUUGACUUUGUCUUCCUAUUAAAUGGCAAAAAACUCAGUAUAACAGAGCCGACCUACAGCCUUCAGACACUCCUACUCAACCUCUCCUCCUCUGCCCCAUCCUGCACGGACCCAGAAGCAGUGUAUGCUCAAGUCCUUGCAGCCCCUAAACGUGUGCUCAUCAUUUUUGAUGGUUUUGACGAGUUAAGGAACUAUGAAACUCUACUUCAAACUCAGGAAAAAGACCUAAUAACUUCAUUGCAAAAAGACAGCAAGACAAAGACUUUCACAGUAAGGCAGUUGUACUCUGCCAUCCUUCAAAGGGUCCUGCUCCCAGGCUGCACUCUUCUUCUCUCCACCCGGCCACGAGGCACUGCCAGCCAGCUACUCAGGCGUACAGACAGCCUUCUGGAAAUGUGUGGGUUUACUCCAGCAAAUGUGGAAACAUAUUUGUCCCAGUACUUCACAGAGCCUGGUCUCAGAGCAUCAGCUCUGGACAGCUUAAAAAGCAUCAGCUACCUGAAUCUCCUCUGCUGGAACCCUGGACUAUGUCAGCUGGUGUGCUCGAUUUUAGAGCAGUCCAGAAGUUUGGAGGUCCUACCAAGAACUUUAACUGGGCUCUGUCAUCAGGUGCUGUGUCUGAAACUGGAGAAAGACAGCAGGAGCACACCCUCACACACUGAAGCCCAAGCACAAUGUUUAAAAGACAGUGAGACACAAAUUUCAGAUAAUUCUCAGGUGAAAACGUGUCGGAAAAAUAAUCAGACGAAGUCCAGAACACAGACGCACACUUCCUCUCGCACCCAAAAAGCAAGGAGAGCACAAGAAAGGGAGGCACAAGCACAAGAUAAAGGGGAUCAGGAUCUCAAGAGUGUUGGUGGAGAUGCUAGAACAGAGGACAAAGAGUUGCUGGCUCAGCUGAGCUCUUUGGCCUGGGAAGGGGUCAAAGCCAACUCUUCCAGCCUUCCUACCGGACAGGCUAUAUCUGCCAAAGUCAAGGCGUUUGGCCUGAGGACAGGGCUCUUGCUCUCUCAUCUCCUGAGAACAAGUCCGGACCUUUCAAGUGGUGACAAGGAGGGAGGACAAAAUGAGGCAGAAGUUGGAGAGACAGAAAAUAAGAGUGAAAACAGCGAGAGGACCACCACUGAAAUAGCUGAGCACCAAAAUGACCAUAUCCUCUUGUGGGCCAACCCUUUCCUUCAGAGUUACAUGGCAGCAGUUCAUUUGGCUUUGUCGAGGAAUGUAUCAGACCGAUCCUUUCUCCAGACCCUCCCUUUCCAGUCUGGAGGGAAAACCCGUCGGCGACCUCAGAGGGAGGAGCUGGAGCUCACUCAGCAAUUUGCAGUUGGCCUCUUGUUCCACAACAGGACAGCACUGCAGCGACUUCAUGUGCACACAGAGACAGCCUUCAGAGAUAUGGUGGCCAGCAAGCAGGCUUUAGUAACAAAACACCUGGAAGGGCUUCCCUAUGGUGACCUGAGUCCCUCCCAGAUCUUGGAGGCGUGUCACUAUGUCUAUGAGGCAGGUUUCACGUAUGAUGAUGGUGGCACAGAUGCUGGUAGGACACAGCUGAUGACACACCUGGCAGCAAAUCUUCCAGAGUUCCUGACAUUUCAUGGAGUUCAACUCAGCCCGCCAGAUGUGUUCACUGUUCAGAAAGCCCUCGAACAGGGUGGAACUGAAGGCAGAAGUUUCUGUUUGGACCUGGAGGACUCUGGUAUCCAGAUUUGUGGACUUAGAGCUCUGGUUGGCCUCAACAACAUCAACACAUACAGGUCAUGUAUUGCUGAUGCCAUCACCCUCUGGGAGUUGCUGGAGCACAGUGGUGAAGAAGGUCUCCUACAGAGGGCAGUGUCCAAGUUCACAAUCCACCCUCUGAAAGCUAAACAGGUGUGCCACAUAGAGCACCUGGAAAAGCUGGUGAACAUACAUAUUCACAAGAGGCUAUCAGACAGCUCCAGCGAGUCGCAUUCCAUCCUGUCGGAGGGAGUACCAGCAGUUAAAGAGCUGCACAAGCUGGAGUUUGAACUUGGUCCAGAUAAUGGUCCUCUGGCUCUUCCGAAGCUGUGGAUUCUCCUACCAGGGCUGCAUAACCUACAGCACUUAGAUCUAGAGAACAGUAAGAUUGGGGACAAAGGUGCAGAGAAACUGGCCAAUGCAUUAGUCUCACUCCCUUCUUUGGAGAUUCUAAAUCUAUCACAGAACUGUAUAGGAGACGAGGGUGUGAAGAAGCUGACGACCACACUGAAGGACCUGCCUAAUCUGCACUGUUUAAGUCUCUACAGCAACAUGAUUUCUGAUGAAGGGGCAGAGAGUUUAGCAGCUGUUCUCCCACACAUGUCUUCCCUCACUGACCUUGAUGUAAAGUACAACAAGCUAACAGAUGUUGGAGCACUGAGCUUGGGAGCCAGCCUGAGAAACUGUAAAAAAAUGAAGACUUUAAGGAUGUGGAACCAGUGUAUCCCAUACGGUGUGUUUGACAGACUCCAGCAGCAGGACAACCGCAUCCUAUUACACUAAAAUACAAUUCUUAUGGACUGUCUUAAUCAUGCAACUCAUGCAUGUAUACUCAGAUUGCACAAUACAUUUUUAAGGAUACAAACAAAAGAUUCAUGAGCUACAAAUUGCACUACAACUACUUUCUUCUUUUUUUACUUAAGGUUCUUUGUAAGAUUCCAAUAUGUGCAUUACAAACUAUUUUCUGUAUGUGAACUUUUUACAACUUAAAGAAGCACAAUUGCACUUUUAUAGUCGGUUUUUUUUUUUGUACUUUUUUAAAAAUAAUUGUCUGCACCAGCUGUUGCCAUUACCUGAAAAGCUGCCUUUGUGUAUUUGAGGUUGUAUGUGUAUGUGUGUGUGUGUGUGUGUGAGAGAGAGAGAGAGAGAGAGAGAGAGAAAGAAAGAGAGCAUGUCUUUAUUCGUCCUGCUAUAAAUUAUACGUUGUUGACUGUAUGGUACUCUCAUAUAAAUAAAGUGUUUUGACAGUGUC